CUUAAAGCAAGCAAUGUUUUGCUAGAUACAAAUAUGAAUCCUAAGAUAUCAGACUUUGGCAUGGCUAGAAGGGUUGCGGGAAAUGAGAUGGGAGCAAAAACACGAAACAUGAUUGGGACACAUGGCUACAUGUCCCCUGAAUAUGCAGUAGAUGAGAUCUUCUCAGUAAAAUCAGACGUGUUUAGCUUUAGCGUCUCGGUGUUAGAGAUCGUGAGGUGCCAGAGAAUUAGAGGAUUUGUCCAUCAAGAUCACAAUCUUAACCUUCUCGGUCAUACAUGGAAGCUUUACAAAGAUGAUAGGUCUUUGGAACUAAUUGAUGAGCAACUAGUUGAUUCUUGCGAUAUUUCCCAAGUUUUAAGGUCAAUCCAAGUGGGUUUUUUAUGCGUGCAACAACAUCCAGAUGAUAGACAAAGCAUGUUUUCUAUGGUUCAUAUGCUGGCUAAUGAGAGUCUACUGCCAAAAGCAAAAGAACCGGGAUUUUUCACAAAACGAAAUUUAUUUGAUCAAGCAAAAUCAGGAUCGCAGACAGGAAGUUAAAAAAAUAUUCACAAUCACAUUGUUAGAUCCUCGAUAGGUGUGACAGAAUGACUAUUUUGCCUUGCGUGCACAUGAAUAGGAAGAUAUAUUAGAACUUUGGUUAUUGAGAAAUACAGUAGUACUUAAAAUAAACAUCAAGUUGAAUCUUUCUACUUGAAGAUAUAAUCUACUUAUGGAUGAAUAUUUUUAUCUAUUUCUAACGUUCUUUGAAUAUAUACUUUAGAUGUGUUACUUAUAUAACAAAAAUUCUAAAGUUGUACA